UCAUAGUUAACAGUCAAUACCUAUAGGUACACGAUCGUGCGUCAAAUAACUAUUAAAAAGACACUUGCAUAUCGACAAAAAAGAAUAGCGAUCGCUGUCACACUGCUGUAAAGUAAAAUGGAAGUUCAAAUCUACGUUGUUUAUUGCUUCCUCAUCGCAUCUUUAAACGCAUUCACAUUAUUGCCGUCGUUUUUCGAUUCAACGUCAACUUUGGGUCAAAAUGAAGCCUAUGAUACGCUUUCUCUUCAAAAUCAAGUUCCAGUUCCUAAUCCAAGCAAUAUUGAUCUACUCCAGAAUGAUUCGUUGAAAGAGAGUGUUAUAGAACCAGCUUUAGUAUUAUCUCGUUUGAAAUUGAUGUUGGAUUCACCAUAUCGAGAUGCUCAAGAAUAUGCAGCAAAAAAAGCCAAAGAACUAACGAUGAACUUGGAACACAAUACGAAUAAACUCAUAUCGUUUACUUUAGGUGGAGUUCAUUUAUUGGUAGAUUUGGGGACAAAAGGAGGUCAGACUAGGUUACGAAAUUUGAACGAAGCUCAAUCGUAUAUGGAAUAUUUUGGAGGAAUAAUAGCAUAUUUCUCAUCUUGGGUUACAAACUGGUUUGUUACGGAAUUAAAUAAUAGAGACGUAAAACAAGACCAUAAGCCAGACAAAAAAGAUGAUGCUAAUGAUUCCACGCAUUCUACCGCUCCUCAUCAAGACGAAAAAGGAAGCGGAUCUGACUUGUCAAAAAAUGGAUCCAAAGUUGAAAAAAAACAUGCGAAAAACUCAAGUGAGAUCGAUUCAUCGAAUGAAUCGGGAAAUCAGGGCACUGAGAAACAUAAAACGGUGUUAAACUCAGUAAGUAUGCUCUAUUGCUGA